AUGACAUAUCGCAGGCAAGCGAACGAGAGAGCGAACAUGGCGCCAUCAGCGACAAGCACCGAGUGGGAUCACCAAUACAAUACCGUUCGUCGCGAGAACCUUUUUCGCAACCCCCCGAAGGAUCACACGGCCUAUCCUGCCCUGCAAGAGGCUGUGAGCCCUCACAUCGACUCCUUCAAUGCCUUGUUCACAAGUGACGACAAGAGCCUCCUCGCUCGAGGCAUAGAGGAUAUUGGCACAAAGACGUAUCUUGAUGGCGACGACAGGGCGGGCCUCGAAGGCAAGAACCGCCUGUCCGUACGGAUCAAGAGUGUAGCGCUGCAAAAGUCCCAGCUACCCCCCUCCAACAAGUUCGCCAGGAAUCGUGAAAUCCUGCCCUCCGAAUGCAGAGAGCGUCAUUCGACGUACCGAGGCAGGCUAUCCGCCACCUUCGAGUACAGGGUCAAUGGUGGUGAUCCGAAAGAAUUUGUGCGCGAGCUUGGACAGGUGCCAAUUAUGGUCAAGUCCAACAGAUGUCACUUGGAGGGCAACUCUCCGGCUCAGUUGGUGCAAAGAAAGGAGGAAUCCGAAGAGCUGGGCGGUUACUUUAUCGUCAACGGUAUCGAAAAGAUUAUUCGACUGCUGCAAGUCAACCGAAGGAAUUUCCCCAUGGCGAUCAACCGACCGAGUUUCCAAAACCGAGGCCAAGGCUACACCCCGUAUGGUAUCAUCGUCCGAUCCGUCAGACCUGAUGAGACAUCUCAGACCAACGUUUUGCACUACCUGAGUGACGGAAACAUGACGUUCCGCUUCUCCUGGAAGAAGAACGAGUACCUUGUACCGGUCAUGAUGGUCCUUAAGGCUCUCGUCGACACAAACGAUCGCGACAUCUUCGAAGGACUGAUUGGUCUCUCCAACACGAAGUCGGCCAAGAACAGUUUCUUGACGGACCGUGUCGAGCUGCUGCUCCGAACCUACAAGUCAUACGGACUCUACAGCAAGACCGAGACGAGAGCCUACCUGGGAGAGAAGUUCCGCGUGGUGAUGGGUGUACCCGACACCAUGUCCAACUACGAUGUCGGCACCGAGUUCUUGCGCAAGGUUGUUCUUGUUCACCUUGGUAACAUCAACGUCACCGAGAAGCAGGACAACGAUAAGUUCAAGAUGCUGUUGUUCAUGAUCAGAAAGCUGUAUGCUCUCGUGGCAGGCGACUGCGCCGUCGACAACCCUGAUGCUGUCCAAAACCAGGAGGUCCUUCUUGGCGGUUUCCUGUACGGCAUGAUCAUCAAGGAGCGCCUUGAAGAGUUCCUGUCGACUGCUGUCAGAUUGUCUCUCCGCGAAUGGACCAGAAAGCACCCGGCCACCCCCUUCACAUCGCAGGACUUCGCCAAGGAGUUCCCUGCCAAUAUCUUCAGACACGCCAAUGAGAACCUUGGAAACGGCCUGGAAUAUUUCCUUUCCACAGGUAAUCUGACCAGUCCUUCUGGUCUUGAUUUGCAACAGACAGCCGGUUUCACAGUUGUUGCGGAAAAGCUCAACUUUCUCCGUUUCAUCAGUCACUUCCGAAUGAUUCACAGAGGUGCCUUCUUCGCCGAGUUGAAGACGACAACGGUCCGAAAGCUGUUGCCCGAGUCUUGGGGUUUUCUGUGCCCCGUACACACUCCUGAUGGUUCGCCUUGCGGUUUGCUUAACCAUCUGGCUCACAAGUGUAAGAUCAUGACCGAGUCCGUCGACGCCUCCAAGAUCCCUGGCCUUGUGGCGGAGUUGGGAGCUGUGGAGACGUCUUCUGCGGCUACAGAUGAAAGCGUUGUCAUCAUGCUUGAUGGCAAGCUCAUCGGCUUCUGCACACCUCGCGAAUCUCUCAGAAUUGCAGACACUCUCCGUUUCUGGAAGGUGGAGGGCACUCACGGCGUUCCUCUCCAACUGGAAAUUGGAUACGUCCCGCCUUCAAACGGCGGUUCAUACCCUGGUAUCUACUUGUCUUCUGCGCCUGCGCGUAUGGUCAGACCCGUGAAGUAUCUUCCUCUUGAUAAGGUGGACUUUGUGGGGCCUUACGAGCAACCCUACAUGUCUAUCGCCGUUGUUGAGAACGAAAUCGUGUCAGGCGAGUCGACGCACGUGGAAGAAACUCCUACCAACAUGCUCUCCAUUCUUGCCAACAUGACGCCCUUCUCAGACUUCAACCAGUCCCCCAGAAACAUGUACCAAUGUCAGAUGGGUAAGCAAACCAUGGGAACACCGGCAACGGCUCUUCGGCACCGCACGGACAACAAGAUGUACAGAAUUCAGAGUGGCCAGACACCGGUGGUACGAUCGCCUCUACACAACGCUUAUGGAUUCGACAACUUCCCCAACGGCUUCAACGCCGUUGUAGCGGUUAUCUCAUACACUGGCUACGACAUGGACGACGCCAUGAUUUUGAACAAGUCGGCACACGAAAGAGGAUUCGGACACGGUACCAUCUACAAGACGAAGAAGGUCACGCUGAAGGAAGAACAGAGAACGCGAGCCACCAAGAAUAUCACCAAGCUCUUCGGUUUCGCCCCCGGCGGUUUUGUCAAGGGAUUCUAUCGUGGCUUGCUUGAUGAGGACGGAUUGCCCUACGUUGGACGCAUGGUCCAAGAAGGAGAUGUACUCUGCGCAUGGCACACGGUGUCAGCAGACUACAGCGGCAAGCUGAUCAACCUGGACGGACAGACACACUAUGAAAAGUACAAGGAGUCUGAGACUGCAUUUGUCGAGGAAGUACGUGUGCUCGGUAGCGAGUCGGGUAACGAGCCUGCCCAGACGAUCUCCAUCAAGCUCAGAGUUCCCCGAUCCCCGGUCAUCGGUGACAAGUUCUCUUCUCGCCACGGACAGAAGGGUGUCGCUUCCCAGAAAUGGCCUGCUGUCGAUAUGCCUUUCUCAGAAUCUGGUAUCCAACCCGAUAUUAUCAUCAACCCUCACGCUUUCCCUUCUCGUAUGACAAUCGGUAUGUUCGUCGAGUCACUGGCUGGAAAGGCUGGCGCGCUCCACGGAUUGGCACAAGACUGCACGCCCUUCAAGUUCAACGAGGAGAACACCGCCGGUGACUACUUUGGUCAUCAGCUGAUGAAGGCCGGGUACAAUUACCAUGGCAACGAGCCCAUGUACUCUGGUAUCACGGGAGAGGAACUGGCCGCCGACAUUUACGUUGGUGUCGUCUACUACCAGCGUCUGCGUCACAUGGUCAACGACAAGUACCAAGUGCGAACGACGGGACCAGUCGUACCGACAACCGGCCAGCCCAUCAAGGGUAGAAAGCGUGGUGGUGGUAUUCGUGUGGGAGAGAUGGAGCGUGACGCGCUGCUCGCUCACGGUACGGCCUUCCUGCUGCAGGAUCGUCUGCUCAACUGUUCCGAUUACACGCGAUCCUGGAUCUGCCGAAGCUGUGGUUCGUUCCUCUCAGUUCAACCAACCGUGUCACCUUUUGUGGGUAAGAAGAAGCAAGUCACGACAGUGCGUUGCAGAAACUGCGCAACCCGCCUCGACGCCGGCGACGCGGAGAGCGCCGCCAAGGUAGAGGGAGAGAUCUGGGAGGAUGGCCAGGGCAACCAGUGGGUCGGAGGCGAGAACACGACGAUUGUCGUUGUUCCGGGUGCGCUCAAGUUCCUAGACGUGGAGUUGGCAGCUAUGGGUGUCAAGCUGAAGUACCGCAUCGACUCCAAGGAUGCGCCUCGCAAGGGCCCUUUGAAGCCCAUGAAAUCAUUACCUUAG